AUGCUGAUCCCUGAUGCAGUCCCACAUGGAGCUAAUUUCAGUAAUAAAGGUAUCUCGGGAGUGGGGAAUUGUAUUCGUUGUGGCUUUAAAGAGGACGAUUUGCAUGUUCUUAAGAAUUGCUCUUGGGCUCAGAAGGGGGCUCGUAAUGAUCUUUGCUUUGAGAAAAUCAUGGUCGCUCCCAAGGUGUGCUUAUUUAGAGCUCAUGAUGUCCUGAUGGAGUAUGCGCGUGCCAACUACUGUGAGGUUCGAAAAAGUAAACGUGAUCGUGUGAAAUGGGUGCCUCAUGACAACGAGGUCAUUAAGAUUAAUGUUGGUGCUGCUGUGAAUCUCGAAAAGAAUCGUGUUGGGCUGGGGUUGGUUGCUAGGAUUGCGGAUAGUAGUGUUCUCAUGGCAGCCUCUAAAUCCUCUUGGGCGUAUAGUGGGAUGGAGCAUGCUGAGAUCGAUGCUUUUUUGUGGGCGGUUCAAUUUGCUAAGGUCCACGGGUGGAAGCAAAGUUUGUUUGAAGGGGAUGCCAAGGUGAUUGUUGAGGCUUUGCAAGGAAGUUAUGUCGCGAUGUUCAUAAUCAAGUGCUGGGAGAAAAUAUCUAGACUCUUUCUCGAGCUUUCUCGCAAUCUUCAUUCGGGUUUUGCUUUAGGGAAGCUAAUGGUUGCUUAUCGAUUAGCUCGUUGGGGUUCAACUAGUUUGUAA